UCUCAGGCUAGUCUGACCAGGCUUAUCGUGACGACGAGGUUCAGAUGCGACAAUUCGAUAACGAUUUCGAGGCAUUCUUACCGCACUACCUUAUUCGCACUCUUGCUUUAUUUUGUUUUAGGCGGUCAUUUGGCUCACCAACUUCGACGUCACUCCUUUAGCCGCAUCUCACGCCCUUCUCAUCGGUCGCUAUCGUCUCCUUUUCUUUGUCCGCUUGCUGUUUAUUUGCCAGCACAGACCCCUCGUCUCGACUUUCAUUCGAGUCUUGCGCCAGACGAAGCUGACAAGGCCGGCUGGCGGGUCAUGGGCUUGUGGCGUUAAAGCUCCAUCAAGCGGUCUUUUCCGGAAGGCGGACUGGACAUACGACAGCUACACCCUCGACUGCACCAUUGUGAUACCCCGGCAAGAUGCCUCCUGCCCCCCCGCCCGACGAGCCUCAAUGGCCUCCCCGAUCUCCUCACGAAGCCCUCAUUAGCACCCCGAGCGGUCGCGAGCGCCUCAGACGUCUCCAAAAUCGAGGAUCACCCUCUCCUUCGCCGCUGAAGAGGGGGCGAGCGAACUCCACAUUAUCUACACGAUCGGCGAAUUUGAUCGACGAAAUGGACGACCAGGAGGAUGAGGAUGAGGAGACACUUCAGUUGAAGUUACAGGAGAUUCAGGCAAGAUUAAAGUUGAAGAAGUUGCAGAGCGCAAGAGAAAGGACGGAAGCAGCUCCAUCGACUCAAACGCGACCAACCUCGAAAGGUUUUGGAGUUGGCCGGGCACUAUCCCGACCUGAACCCCAGGCCACCAUCGAGGUGCCUGUGUCUCCAAUCCGAAAGACUCAGCCCGUACCACCGAAAGCAUCGCCGACCCGGGUUGCGCUUGGGAUCGACAAAGAGAUCAAGAGAGCACCAAGUGUGUUGCGCAGGAAUACAAAUCCUCAAGAUGGGCAGCAGCAGUUCGGCGGUUAUCUUCAAAGGUCACGAACUCCUGCGCAACAAGAGAUCUCACGGCCACUGAGCUUCAAUGAGAGGCUGGCUGCAGCAAGAACACAAGAAGUUGAUCGCCAGGGCUUGAGGGAAAGAGUCCAAAAGGUCAGAUCGGAAACCUUUGAUAUUGGGCAGAAGGAGAUUGAGCAGUUCAAGGAAAAGGCAAUCGACAUUCCCGAGCAAGAGGAAGCUGCGCCUAGUUUCUCCAGAGAUGAGAUCCUUGGUGGAAUGAGCAGAGCAGAACCCAACCAGCGCAAGCUAGACGCGAUACCUGCGCUUCCAGCACCAUCAUCCUCCAAAUAUGACGAUGACCCGCAAGGUCUCUACGAGCCUCCACCGGACUGGAUGAUGGCUGGAAAAAAACCACAGAGACCGAAGAACGUCGCGCCAGCAGACGUGCCAGAGGCCGAAGCAUCGGCAUUCGAACCGUAUUCUAGCUUUCAUCUCUCGCAGCGCAUUCUUCCCCACCAAGUCUUGACAAGGACUCUGUCCGGGAAGAAGAUAUUCAAGUUGCCCGACUUGCUGCGGAAGGUCAAGGCUCCAGAGUUUCAGCUUCCAGAUAUAGAGCAGGACAUUGUUGUCUUCGCCGUCGUCGCAAAGAAGUCAGAACCCCGCUCUCACAAGCCUCGGGCUGACCAAAAUGGCAAGCAAUCAGACCGAGGGAAGUACAUGGUCGUCACAUUAUGCGAUCUGAAGUGGGAGCUUGAGCUUUUUCUCUUCAAUUCGGGAUUCACCCGAUUUUGGAAGCUCACAGAAGGCACAGUGCUGGCAAUUCUGAACCCGACCAUUAUGCCUCCUCCAGUUGGCCGGGAAGCCACUGGCAAGUUCAGUCUAGUCAUCAACUCCGAUGCUGACACAAUUAUGGAGAUUGGAAAGGCCCGAGAUUUGGGAUUUUGCAAAUCCAUCAAGAAAGAUGGUGAAUUCUGCAACUCCUGGGUCAACAAGAAACGAACCGAGUUUUGCGAAUUUCAUACCAACGAGGCUGUCUCCAAGCAGCGAGCAAGCCGCAUGGAGGUCAACACAAUGGAUUUUGGCGGUGUUGGAGAGAAGUUCAAGUGGAAAUCGAGACAGCUCGUUAAUCCGGAGCCAGAGAAAAAAUCAGGGAAAUACGACCGAGAAACACAUAGCCAUUGGUUCGCUACGAAAUCAAUGAGUUCUGCAUCACUCAUUGACGGAGGCCAGGCACUGAUGGACAGGAGAGAAAAGGAGGAGAAUCUGAAAAGAAGGAUGAUUGCCCAAGAACGCGAGAGGGGCAUCAUGUCGCGUCUGAGUAAGAUCGGCGCCGGCACUGGAAAGGAGUACAUGCAACAAACAGACCGCAACCGUAAUCCUACUUCCGGGUCAAGCUUGUCGUCAUCCUCGUCAGCUUCGAACGUACUCGGGGCGCGACAGAAGCCUGAUAUGAAGAGUUUAGGCAUCAUGCCGAGGAAUAGGGAACUAGCCCUUCAUCUCAGCCCUAUCAAACGCAAGAGACCACAGAGCGCACAGUCCAGCUCCUCGGUCGGGGCGCCGUCGUCGGCGACGGCCACGACAGGGGUAAAGACGGGUUUUGGAUGGGGCGGCAACCUCAAGGACAAGCUCGCCAAGAUGAAGGAAGGCGAAAAGCUGAAUAGCGAUAAGCCGCCAGUAAGGAAGAAGACGAGAUUCGUGACGGAGAAGGGAAUUCGCGAGGCUGGGAGGGAGAGUCUGGGUAUGGACCUGCCGCAGGCGGUUUCUUUUGAAGAUGACGAUGACGACGAUUUGAUUAUUGUGUGAAAGCAGCAUCUUUUUGGGAACGGGUUCAUGCGAAGGCGACACCGGUUGGACGGGCGGAACGGGAAGGCAUGGGCUUGAGGUUACACAGGAAGUUUUCCAUAUGACUCCUGGAUGGAGUCCGCUUGAAGCGAUCACCGUUACCAAAUUCAGGUUACAGAAAAGGGUUUCAAGACAGAAUAUCAUGUCAAAAAAGACACUAUUUUGAUCACAGUCUGGUCGUUUAUUUAGUAUUUCGUGUGAUCACACCUGGCUAAGGUAAGGUAUAGUAAAUUGCCUCUCUC